UCUCUCUCUCUCUCUCUCUACACACUGUUACUCCUCUCUUUCAGAUUCAAUCCCAUCAGAGAAAAAUGGCCUUCUCGUUUAUUUCGCCAUCCCCUUUUUAAAAAGCACACUCUCACCCCCACCCCCACCUCACGCGCGCCCACCGUUCUCACUUUCUGUGUUAGAUAUAUAGUACAGAUAUUCGCAUAUACGCUUGUGUAGCGAUACACAUUGUUGUAGAUUGAGAUAUAUAUCUAUAUCUAUAUAAAUAUAUAGAUACAGUAACAUAGAUUCUGUGUAGUGUGUGUGUGGGACAGAGGAGAGGGGAUUGCGAUGGCGGCGUCGUCGGCGGUUUGCUCAUGGCUAAUGGCCGCAUGCAUGUCUGUCGCUUAUGAGAAGGAAUCGUCCAUUUCCAUGCUGUCGACGACGACGUCGUCUAAUCCGUACCGCCUCAGCAGAUGGGCCGCCCGUCGCCGGAAGAGAGUUCUCGCCCAAUGUGCUCCUCACUUCUCCGGCAUUCGGAAUCUCAUGAAUUCCUGCUUGGCCUUUGAGCCCUGCGACAACUUCUAUAAAUCUUCGAAUGCCUCCGACAGUUUUUCCGGCUUCGGAUCGAGGGACGCUCCGCUGCAUCGAAGUCGCCGGAAACUCCACAGACCGUCUGCCCGCUCUGGGGAAGCACUGGCGAUAUCUUUAACUUCGGUCGAUGAAGUCACACCCAAGAACAAACCUCUAACCGAGCAAAGGCGAGUGGUUGUGACUGGUAUGGGUGUAGAGACACCACUUGGUCAUGAUCCGGAUGUAUUCUAUAAUAACCUGCUUGAAGGAGUCAGCGGCAUUAGUGAGAUAGAGUCUUUUGAUUGUUCACAGUAUUCAACUAGAAUUGCUGGAGAGAUCAAGUCAUUCUCAACAGAUGGCUGGGUUGCACCUAAACUUUCCAAGCGAAUGGACAAGUUCAUGCUUUACAUGCUGACAGCAGGAAAGAAGGCUUUGGUUGAUGGAGGAAUUACAGAAGAUGUUAUGGAAGAAUUGAAUAAAACAAGAUGUGGCGUGCUAAUUGGAUCUGCUAUGGGCGGGAUGAAGGUUUUUUACGACGCAAUUGAAGCAUUGCGAAUCUCAUAUAGGAAGAUGAAUCCUUUUUGUGUACCUUUUGCAACUACAAACAUGGGUUCUGCCAUGCUCGCAAUGGAUCUGGGAUGGAUGGGCCCAAACUACUCAAUAUCUACUGCUUGUGCAACUAGCAACUUCUGUAUUCUCAAUGCUGCUAACCACAUCAUCAGAGGGGAAGCUGACAUGAUGCUUUGUGGUGGAUCAGAUGCAGCAAUCAUACCUAUUGGAUUGGGAGGCUUUGUUGCAUGCAGAGCGUUGUCACAGAGAAACACUGAUCCUUCUAAAGCUUCACGUCCGUGGGAUACUAAUCGCGACGGAUUUGUUAUGGGAGAAGGGGCUGGAGUGUUGCUCUUGGAAGAACUCGAACAUGCUAAGAAUAGAGGUGCAACAAUCUACGCUGAGUUUCUUGGUGGAAGCUUCACUUGUGAUGCGUAUCACAUGACAGAGCCUCAUCCUAAAGGAACUGGCGUUAUUCUGUGCGUUGAGAAGGCUUUGGCUCAGUCAGGAGUAUCCAAGGAAGAUGUGAAUUAUAUAAAUGCACAUGCAACAUCUACUCCUGCUGGUGAUCUUAAGGAGUAUGAAGCACUUAUUCAUUGUUUUGGACAGAAUUCAGAGUUAAAGGUGAACUCCACUAAAUCUAUGAUCGGGCACCUACUUGGAGCAGCUGGUGCAGUGGAGGCUGUUGCAACUGUGCAGGCAAUCAGAACUGGUUGGGUUCAUCCAAAUAUCAAUCUUGAAAACCCAGAUGAACGUGUGGAUAUGAACGUGCUGGUGGGACCCACAAAAGAAAGACUGGACAUUAAGGUGGCAUUGUCUAAUUCAUUCGGCUUUGGUGGACACAACUCAUCGAUUUUAUUUGCUCCAUACAAGUAGAAAUUUACCGUGCUCGAAUUGGAUAAAGAACGACGCAGAGGUAUGUAAUGGAUUUUGGCAGUUGAUGUUGAUUCCGAGGAUAAAGAUAGGCUAUCAAUACAAAAAAGACUGUAAGCGCGCACUAUUAGUCAUGACCAAAACCGAGGAAAUAUUUCCGUACUAGUUUAGUAUCAUGUGGAGCUCAUUUUUUGUGUUCUAUCUUUUCCUGUUAUGUAGAGACCUUACUUUCUGUGGCAAGCAAGAGUGAGUACAAAGCUGCCUUUUUUUUUUCUUUCUAAAUUUCUCGGAAUUAUAAUCGAUAUAUUAGUUGGCUUCUCAAAGUACGGUUUUGCUACUCUGAGUUGUGUUGGAGUAGCAUUUUUGUUGUUGAAUGGAGGGAUGGUUUUUAAUUUG